UAUUAGAUGAGAGUUAAUUGGUAGAAAUCCAAUAAGAAAAGACUAGAACAAUUUGUUUAACAGUAACUCUUAUGUAGGAGUACUGGCGUGCUUACUAUGGCUAUGUCUAUAUAUACAUAUUGCAUAUGUAUCUAUAAAUGCAUGUAUAUAUAAAAAGAUUGAAGCAAAGAAAGGCGUGAGAAGAAAAAGGGGUUUUGUGCUUUUGUUGUGGGAGAGAGAGAGAAAGAAAUGGGAAGGGGUAGGGUUGAGCUAAAGAGAAUAGAGAACAAGAUCAACAGGCAAGUGACCUUCGCUAAGAGAAGAAAUGGACUUUUGAAAAAAGCUUAUGAGCUUUCUGUUCUUUGCGAUGCUGAAGUUGCUCUCAUCAUCUUCUCCAAUAGGGGAAAACUCUAUGAGUUCUGCAGUAGCUCUAGCAUGCUAAGGACUUUAGAGAGGUACCAGAAGUGCAACUACGGAGCACCAGAAACGAAUAUAUCCACACGAGAAGCACUGGAAAUUAGUAGCCAGCAGGAGUACUUGAAGCUUAAAGGACGUUACGAAGCAUUACAUCGAUCACAGAGGAAUCUUCUUGGCGAAGAUCUUGGUCCUUUGAACAACAAAGAACUUGAAUCACUUGAGAGGCAGCUCGAUAUGUCGCUGAAACAGAUCAGAUCAACUCGGACUCAGUUAAUGUUGGAUCAACUUAUAGAUCUUCAGAGAAAGCAUGAACAAUAUGCCUUGAAGCGUGCUGCAGAUAUAUAG